UGAGAAGUUUCUUCAAGAAAAUGGGAAUGUGUGCUCUUUCUCUCUUCCUAAGCAUAAUCUGAUAUCCAAACAGAGCAUUAUAGAAAAAGGUUAGUAGUGAAAUCACACAAAAAAAGCACCAGCUCUCUGCGACGCUUCAGUUGCAAAUCCAUUUUUGCUCUCCACUUUCUCUUGGCCUACUGACGCAUGGUAAAUCCCAGGCAUGUUCAUCCAGAGGCACAGAACAUAGGCAUUGCUUCAAUGAGCUCUGCCUCCAUGCCCUUCAGCUAUCUUUCUGCCCGAACAGUCAAUGGCAGGAAACCUUUGCUUUCCACCCAUAUCACCGCAAGCUCCUCCAUUUCUGAAGUCGUUGAUUUUCUGACAUCAUCGUUUCUACCAAGGGACUUCGACCUGGGCAAGAAGAUACUCAUCGACCGGGAAAAUGCCCUCAAGAGUGAGUUGGAGGGCUUGAAGAGCGCCGAUAAGUCUGCUUUGAAGGAGCGGGACUUGGAAAUUUUGAACAUAAGGGGCGAAUUGGAGAAAUACAAAAGAGAAAAUGAAGAUCUGACUGAGAAAAACAUUCAGCUCACUCGCAAAAUCGAAGAAUUAGAUGGCGAGAAAAAGGAGUAUGUUGAGAAAUUUGCCCAGCUGGGCGCGAAGGUAAAUCGUCUGGAGGAGGACUUUAAUGCAAGUAAGGGCCGGGACAUCCCUACACUAACAAGCAUCGAAGAGUAUCUCGAUGGUGAGCUCCCAACUGAGGAGGAAGGGCUUAAUUUUGGUACCCAAAAGCUGGAACCUAAUGCUGCCAGAGUUAGCCCCAAAAAAGGAGGAAUUUGUAUCUUGAAGGGAUGGAAGUCUAAUUAGUGCAAAGCUGCUUCCUCUAUAUUUCAAUUGAAUGUUUACUUUAUGCUAUCACAGAGUCACAUGUAGUUGUUCUCAGUGACAGUGAUGACGAGUUGCCUACGGACAGUCCUUCCAAUUGUAGAAAGAAGAUGAAGUAUGAUAAAGAAGCAAUGCAUGAAGCAAAAUUGGUGGCACCUGUAUUUUGCAGCCCAAAAAAACCCAAAGCAUCUAAAGGAAGCAGAAAAUGGCUCUCAGAAUCUGAGAUGCGCUUGGCAUUUGCAAAUGAUGGUGAACUUUGUAUGAGGGCCAUCUGUGCACUAUAUAGGAAGCUCCUCUCUGCACCUCUGACGUUGGAGGCCGUGGAUAAAGGAUUUGAGCCUAACGAUCAAAUUGGGGUUGAAUUGGCAAAGUAUCUUAUUGAUGGGAAUCCAGAAAACAAACUUAACAGGUCUAUGUUGGAAGCCUCUCCUGUGGCUAUUGGACAAUCUAAAAGAUUAGCUCGUCAGUACAGUGAGCAACUUUUUCGAAUUUACUCUAGUGGUGAGGAUCCAUUGUUCUGUCACAAUUCAAUACACCCAGGCUGUAGUGCGCUCUGAACGAAUGAAGGCUGUACAUAUGCAAGCUGCUCUUCAUGUUAAAACAUGGUGUUUAAUGAUUAAUGUCAUUUUGUCCAGUAGCAAGAUGGAAAUAGCUUUUUUGUUGUUGCCAGCAUUUCAUAUGCAUGGAUGCUGUCUUUUUUGCUAGAAAUUGGAAUGGUAGGAUAUCUAAGUCUCCAACCUUAUUUCUAACCUUUGGUUCUUGUUAAAGUCUAUGUUGUUUUGCUGAAAUGUGAAAACGCUGCCUUGUACAUGGAAAGCUUUAAAAACACUUACCGUGGUUGUUUUUUUG